AAUGAUUUCUAGUAACUAAACGAAAUCAUUACUUGAAGUCAUGGAAAAGAACGAAGAUCCAUCAGCAUUUGCAGAUGCUUUAGGUCUUUUAGAAAAAUUAAUUACUAAGUAUUUACAAAGAUUUAAAUUAGUAUAAUCAAUAAUCCUAAUGAUGAUAAAUUUAAACAUAUAAAGAUGACAGUUAAAACAUUAGCCACACGAUUAUUUAAUAUAAGAUAAAUGACAGAAUUAUUAACAUCAUUAGGUUUCAUUUAAGUAAUAAAUUAACGCUAAUAAAAUAAAGUUAGAUUAAGAAUUUUAUUUGCCUGAUGAAGAAUAUGUAUCAUUAUUAUAGAAUUUCAAUACAAUUAAGUGGUAGCAUAUUUUAUCUUAAGGCAGAGUAGAGGGACCAUAAUAAUAUUAAAAAGCUUAGGAAAUGUAAAAUUUUGUUUUUUUACAUUUUUUUUAGUGUUAGAUAAUAACAAGAGGCUUAAAGAUAAUAUGAAAAAGAACAAAAAGAAAAGGAGAAAAUCUAAUAAUAAAUAAAAUAUGAUAGAUAAGAGAGAAGUUUAGUGAAAGAGAAGGAUUCUAAGGCAAAUGAUUUAUAAUUUGGUGCCAAAGUGAAAACAUGUGAGUAAUUAGGCAUAAACAAGAAUACUGGUAAACGUGGGUGAGGUU